AUGGGUUGUAAGGUUACCAAAAAUAAGAGAUAAUUAAAGGAUGUAGAUCAUUUUAUGAACAUUCUUGAAAAGAACACCACUGAUGAUGAAACAAAGAUUUCAGAGAAAAAUAAAUUAUUUUAAAUUAAUAAGAAUCCUAUAUUUCAAAGGAGACUAUCUUAAAAAAAAGAGAGCACUCUGACCAAAUAAACCUACUCUUAUUUGGAAAGAAACAAUUAGACUUAGAGUGGUUGA